AUGUCCCUGUUGCCAGGCAACGGCUCCUCUCCCCCGGGCAUCCCCGUCGCCGGCGGCGACGACAGCGGAGGAGGAGAGCUGCGCUGGGCGUCGCUGCUGAUCGUAGCCGUCAUCAUCCCCACCAUCGGGGGGAACAUCCUCGUCAUCCUCGCCGUGGCCCUGGAGAGGAAGCUCCAGAACGCCACCAACUACUUCCUGAUGUCGCUGGCCGUGGCCGACCUGCUGGUGGGCCUGCUCGUCAUGCCCAUCGCCCUGGUAACCGUGCUCUUCAAUUCCGGUUGGCCGUUGCCCGGAUACCUCUGUCCAAUCUGGCUCUUCCUGGACGUGCUGUUCUCCACGGCGUCCAUCAUGCACCUGUGCGCCAUCUCGCUGGACCGCUACAUCGCCAUCAAGCGGCCCAUCCAGCACAGCCAGUACAAGUCCCGGUCCAAGGCCCUGGCCAAGAUCACCGUGGUCUGGCUCAUAUCCAUCGGCAUCGCCACACCCAUCCCCAUCAAGGGCCUGCAGAACUUCCACUUCCCGAACAACGUGACGUUCGUGAACGACAGCUGCGUGCUGAAGCCCGAGAGCUUCCGGCAGUUCAUCAAGUACGGCUCGCUGGCGGCCUUCUUCAUCCCGCUGACCAUCAUGAUGGUCAUCUACCUGCUGACCAUCCGGGUUCUGCAGAGGAAGGCCUGCCUGCUCCGGACCAGGGCCACCCGGCGCCGAAGCCUGGCCACCGUGUCCCAGCCGGGGGGCGACCCAUCGCCCGACGCCCUGGUGGAGGGCUCCAGGAACCACCACCACCACCCCCACCCCCAGCACCCGGGCGGCACGCCCGGGGAGGACCUCCCCAUCCGCCGGAUGUCCACCAUGGGCAAGAAGUCCAUGCAGAACCUGAGCAACGAGCAGCGGGCGUCCAAGGUGCUGGGCAUCGUGUUCCUGCUGUUCGUGGUGAUGUGGUGCCCGUUCUUCAUCACCAACGUGACGUCGGCGCUGUGCGGGGCGGGGUGCGACGGCCGCGUGGUGGCCCAGCUCAUGGAGGUGUUCGUCUGGGUGGGCUACGUGUCGUCGGGCAUCAACCCGCUGGUCUACACGCUGUUCAACCGCACGUUCCGCGACGCCUUCGCCCGCUACAUCACCUGCAACUACGGCGCGGUCGCCACGGCGCCCGCGGGCGAGCCCCAGCGCAAGAACACCGCCGUGCUCCUGCGGCCGGCCGGCGCGCCCGAGAGCGCCGCGCUCCUCAUCGUGACGCGGGGCGUGAGCAACGGGCUGGGGGCCGGGGCCGGGAGCCCGCUGCGCCGACGCCCCAACCCGCCGGCCGACCCCCCCGCCCCGCCCACCGCCAGCAUCCUGCUCGACACGCUGCUCCUCGCCGAGAAACAGAACUGCAGAUACGAGGAGUGCGUCAGCUACGUGUAG